AUGAAAAAACAAUUUAAAGUAGCUUUAAUAGGAGAUUCUAGAAGUGGAAAAUCAUCACUAAUGAGAUGUUUAAAAGGUGAAGAGUUCCUUUAUGAAUCAUAAGAAACUAUAGGGAUAGAUUUUUAUUAAAGAAGUUUAGAUUUAAAAAAUAUCAACUAUAUAUUUAAACUCUAUGAUACUAGUGGUUGCGAAACCUAUAGACUAAUUUUGAAUAGACUUUUAAGUCAAAUUGAUGCAGUCAUCAUAUGUUUUGAUGCUUCAUAACAUAAAUACUAACUAGUUGGUGGAAUUUGA